AUGCCUCUCCGCCGCGCUCGAGAACGAAUCCGACACCAGGGCCUCGACCGUCGCUCUGUCCAAGAGCUGGGGCGUCUUCAUCACCUUCUCCAGCCCAGAACCGGAGUUGGGAUCGUACUGGUUCUUGUAGUUGACCUGGUUGUCCAAGAAAGGCGUGAUCAAACUGCUCGCGGCGCCCGCAGCACGGCACGACUCGCGCUCGUAACUCCCCACAGGAUCAUACGAGUACAGCGCUCCCACGCCGUUCUCGUCCAGGCCGCCGAGGAUGGCGUGCACGUAGUAAGGGAAGAAGCGCUUGUUGUACAGGAUGUGGCUGAGGCGCUGGGCGCAAGCGUGCACGCUCAUCUCCUUGUUGUGCUGGUACUUGUACAUUUUGACGACGGUGUCGAGGCGCUCCUUGAGGGCGUUGCCGUCGGCGGCGAAGCCCACGACCGAGAGGACGAUCUUGGCGCCCUCGUUGUCGCUGCCGGUGCCGCCGAUGCGGAAGAGUUUGGGGGUGUAGCGCGAGUUGAUGUUGUAGCCGCUGGUGCUGCGAGUGUCGCCGGCGAGGAUGGCGAAGUCGGCGCCGGUGAUGCCGAGGGUUGUGCCGCCGUUGUCUGUGUAGCUGUUGAGGAUGUGUUAGCUGG